GUGGCGGCGGGGCGGGGACCGGGCGGGCCCGGCGCUGGGAGCUGGCUGUCCCGGGAGCAGAGCAGUCUCCCUGUCCAGAUCACCAGGAUCCCGUUUGCUGGAGAAUGACCCAGAUGUCCCAGGUGCAGGAGCUCUUCCACGAGGCAGCCCAGCAGGAGGCCCUGGCCCAGCCCCAGCCCUGGUGGAAGAGCCAGCUGUUCGUGUGGGAGCCUGUGCUGUUUGGGACCUGGGAUGGUGUGUUCACAUCCUGCAUGAUCAACAUCUUUGGGGUUGUGCUCUUCCUGAGGACAGGCUGGCUGGUGGGAAACACGGGAGUGCUCCUGGGCAUGUUCCUGGUGUCCUUCGUCGUCCUGGUGGCCCUCAUCACGGUGCUGUCUGGCAUUGGUGUCGGGGAGCGCAGCAGCAUCGGCAGCGGUGGCGUCUACUCCAUGAUCUCCUCGGUCCUGGGUGGGCAGACGGGAGGCACCAUCGGGCUGCUCUAUGUGUUUGGCCAGUGUGUUGCAGGUGCCAUGUACAUCACCGGCUUUGCUGAAUCCAUCUCGGAUUUGCUGGACCUCAGGAAUAUCUGGGCUGUGCGAGGAAUUUCAGUUGCGGUGCUUCUGGCCUUGCUGGGCAUUAACCUCGCGGGUGUCAAAUGGAUAAUCCGCCUCCAGCUGCUGUUGCUGUUCCUGCUGGCCGUGUCCACACUGGACUUUGUGGUGGGUUCUUUCACCCACCUGGACCCAGAACAUGGUUUCAUCGGAUAUUCACCUGAACUGCUACAGAACAACACGCUGCCUGAUUACAGCCCCGGGGAAUCUUUUUUCACUGUGUUUGGGGUUUUCUUCCCAGCGGCUACAGGAGUCAUGGCCGGUUUCAACAUGGGGGGCGACCUCAGGGAGCCUGCCGCCAGCAUCCCCCUGGGCUCCCUGGCAGCUGUUGGCAUCUCGUGGUUUCUGUACAUUGUCUUCGUUUUCCUCCUGGGCGCCAUCUGCACGCGAGAGGCCCUUCGCUAUGACUUCCUGAUAGCGGAAAAGGUGUCCCUCGUGGGCUUCCUGUUCCUUUUGGGCUUAUACAUCUCGUCCCUGGCUUCCUGUAUGGGAGGACUUUAUGGAGCUCCCCGCAUCCUGCAGUGCAUUGCCCAGGAGAAAGUGAUCCCUGCACUUGCCUGUCUGGGACAAGGGAAGGGGCCAAACAAAACACCUGUGGCUGCCAUCUGCCUGACCAGCUUGGUGACCAUGGCCUUUGUCCUUGUGGGUCAAGUGAACGUUCUGGCCCCCAUCGUCACCAUCAACUUCAUGCUGACAUACGUCGCAGUGGACUACUCUUACUUCUCCCUGUCCAUGUGUUCCUGCAGCCUGCCCCCGGUGCCUGAGCCAGUGCUCAGGGAGGGCCCGGAAGGCCUCCACUGCUCUGAGCACCUGCUCUUAGAGAAACCUCCCAGCUACGGCUCUGAGGGACCUGCCCAAAGAGUCUUGGAGGGCACGCUGCUGGAAUUCACCAAGGACAUGGAUCAGUUCCUCCAGCUAACCAGAAAGCUUGAGAGGAGCCGGCCCAGGCAAGGAGAGGGUAACAGGACCCCAGAAAGUCAGAAGAGGAAAAGCAAGGAGGCCACCAAGCAGACCCUACAAGAUAGCUUCCUCUUGGACCUCAAAUCCCCUCCUUUCCCUGUCGAGAUACCUGACAGGUUGCCCGCUGCCUCCUGGGAGGGGCAGGAGUCCUGCUGGAACAAGCAGACUUCCAAGAGCGAAGAGACUCAGCUUGGGGGAUCAUAUGGAGAGCAACUGGUUCCUGACCUGUGCAACCAAUCUGAGUCCAGUGGAGAAGAUUUCUUCUUGAAGUCCAGGCUCCAAGAACAAGAUAUCUUGAGAAGAUCAACUUCUUUCUAUACCCACAUGUGCAACCCCUGGGUCUCCCUGUUGGGGGCUGUCGGGUCCCUUCUCAUCAUGUUUGUGAUACAGUGGGUGUAUACGCUGGUUAACAUGGGUGUUGCUGCCAUCGUGUAUUUCUACAUUGGCCGGGCUAGUCCAGGGCUUCACCUUGGAUCAGCCUCCAACUUCAGCUUUUUCCGGUGGAUGAGGUCUCUCUUGCUCCCCUCCUGCAGGAGCUUGCGGUCCCCUCAGGAGCAGAUCAUCUUGGCGCCAUCCCUGGCUAAGGUUGACAUGGAGAUGACUCAGCUCACCCAGGAGAACGCAGACUUUGCCACUCGGGAUCGCUACCACCACUCCUCCCUCAUGAGCCGGGAGCAGCUGAUGCCUCCCUACUAGAUGCAGCGCUGGGACCUUCCUCUUUCGGAGCUGUCCCACGCACAGUGGACCCAAGCCCGGAACCUUCGUGGGGCUGCUUCUCCUCCCUGAGAAACUCAAGGCCCAUCCUUCCACUGUCACUUUGGACAAUGGAAAUCUACAUUUCCUU